AUGAAAGGGCGUGCGCCUCAAGGCGACGGGGGCAAGUCAAAGCCCGGCGCGGCCGACCCUGCCAAAGGCCGAAGAUAUCUGCAGUCCGCGGAGAAGCCGCUCGAGGGCGCGUCGCUCGCUGAAGACAAUUACGAUGACGCUCGACCUCAUGAAGACGUUAAACAGCGGGGCUGGGAGGGGGGGACUCAAAAGGUCGAAGCGGCGCUGAUGCCGCCUACAGCCGGUGCAAGGCCAGCCUCUGCUCAACCUCAAGCGCCGGCGCUCCCUGCCUCGUCAGCAGUCAUGUAUGAGACGCCCCCAGUCCCGUCUUCCUCCCCUCCCCAGUCUUCUGCGCAGAGGUCUGCUCCCUCGGACUCCGUGGAGCUCUCGCCCGCUUUGGCUUCAUCGCCUUCACUCUCGCUUGACGCCCCUGCGCCUCCAGCGUCUGCGUCUGCCGACUCCUCUUCUCCUGUGGCGGCGUACGUCUCAUCUUCUCCUCCGCCGUUUUUGGCAGUUCCUCUCGAGGCAGUCGGUCUGCUACCUCCUCAGCAGCGCGCGGCUUUCCUCGAGACCGCCAGGCGCCUUCCCCCUGAGCUGCAUCCGCUAUUUCUGGCGGAGAUUCUACGCGCAAACGCGGCUGCUUUGCCCUCGUCCGCUCCUGCGUCAGAGGCGAGUUCCACGGCCCCCAGGAAAGAGCCAGGCCCCCCGGACGCAAAUCCCCAGAGGCGGCCGAGCGCCAGCGGGCACGGCCAGCCUUUGUCGCCACCUCCGAGAUCUGCCGGCGGCUACUCGGGGCCCAGACCUGCGCCAGACGAUCCCCUGGAAAGAAGAGUGAGGAGCAGUGGCGAAGUGCAGCCUCAGCGGGUUGCCUGGGAAAGACAGAUCCCCUUACCCGCGCACGCAGUUCCGUCCGCGCUGGCCUCAAUUCCGGGGGUGCCUCACCCCUCCGGCGCGGGAUCUUAUUCGCCUUCUCUCGCGCACGCCCCGUAUGCACACGCACAUGGCGCAGAGAGUCUCGUCGCCGCGGCGCCUGAGCGCCCGCCCGUCUUGCGGUUGUCUGACAGUUCUCUCCCGAGAUCAGGCGACGAGUCUUACUCACACAGCGUUCCUCAACAAGGCGCCUCUUCCUCGCUGCCUUACCCCCAAGACAGCGCUCUUGCCUCGGCCGCGAGUGCGCCGCUGAGCUACACAUAUCAGGGGCCCUCGUAUUCGUCUUCCAGAUUUGUUCCAUCAGCUGCGCCUGCGGCUUCGAUUCCUGCCUUGGCGUCGGCGCCCUCUCGCUAUGGGAUGCCCUCUCCCGCGGCCUACGACGUGCAUCAUCUCCCUGCAGGAAGGGCGCCUCCCCCUCCAGUUGGCGCGGCUCAGCCUCCGUCCGCUGCGUACGUGACCGCCGCCUACGCGCCCUCUGUCUAUCCGGCGCCGUAUCCCUAUUCGCCCUACCCUCUCUCUUCUGCGUCUGCUCCCUACGCGACGCCUUAUCCUCUUUCCGCCGCACCUUCUGUCUAUCCCCCCUAUUCCUCCGCUUCGGCUGCGCCUCUGCCUCUCGCAAUGGUGCUGGGGGCCGCUCCGCCCCCGCCCCACGUGGUGGCGGAAGAAGUCAACGCCGCGGUAGACUCAGCCGUCAACCACGCGACCUCGGUCGUCGAGAACGCAGUGAAGUCGGCGAUUGUCGGCAUCAUCAAUCCAGCGACGUACAACACCGCUGCGCUACUCCACGGCCUGCAGGCUCUCAACGAAAGAGUCUACGAGGGAAGCGAGGUGGCGACCAAGGCCCUCCUCGACUUUGCAGCCUAUAGACGGAGUCACCCGCAGGACACGCUCGCGCAGCUUGUCAACAGCUUGGAAGAGGCAACAGACACGCUGAAUCAAGCUGCGACCGCGGGGACUCCACGCCUGAAACCGACUUUAGAGGCUGCGCAGAAAGACGGGAACCCGAGCGUGAGCAAAAGUGGGCAGCCUCUGCUCGAAGGCAUGGGAGUCUUUUCGCCUUCGAAGGAAUCUCCGUACACUCCUGGGUCCCUGCAGGCGGACGCCUUUUCGGCCGCCGUUCUGGAGGGUCAGGAGGUCGGUGCCAGAGGCGUGGAGCCAAGCUCGCCUCGGAAACAUCUCUCGAGGAAAGACGACGAGAGCGGGAAAGAGAGAUUCGAAGAGACAGCUUCGAGAGCAAAGAAAGGCCCCGCUUCUACUGGCGGCGGAAAGGGAAGCUCCGAGGUGCUCUCAGGCCAAGGUGCGGACAGUGCGGACGCAGGUUUGCCUCAGGAGAUCAUCGAUCUCCGGUCGCUGCUCACGAAGGAGCAAAUCGCCGUCAUUGAAAGCCUCACGGAGUUUCUGAAUCUGGGGUUCGACGCAGCUCUCAACUUUGUGAAGAGCCAGAGCCGCGGCGUCCUCGGCUUGAAGCAGUUCCCCUUCUUCCAGCCCCUGCAGCAGAAGAUCCUGGGGAUGUACCAGCGGGCGUCCGCAAACCGCGACGCCGACAAGCAGCGACUCGAAGAGGAUGAGCGACGCGAGGCCGACCGCCGAGCGGCGCUGCACAAAGCUGAUCGCGAGCGGCAGUUCUGGGCGGAGAUUCAGAGGGAGGCGGCAAAGCAAGGCCUCGAUCCUCGCGCCGUUGCCGAGAGACUCAUUCAACUCAACGCGCAGCAGGCCGCCCACGACUCCCGCCGCGGCGGCGGCGCUGCAAGCAAGGCUCGCCCCGGCCUCCCGCUCCCACACAGUUACCAAGCAGAGGCCUCUGUCCCUCACCACGCUCGAGGUGCCCUGGGGACGGGUUUCCCUCUCCAGCGAAGCCUGGUCGUCAGGAGCCCCACUGUGCUGGAAGGCGAAUCCAGGCGUCUGUCACCCGGGGCGCCGAUCCAGCCACACGCUGCCCUCUCCGUCUCGCCAGGCAGGCGCCUCGACAGAACCGCCAACGAGGAAGGUCCCGCUGACGCAGCGCAAGACGAAGCAGUCGAAAACGAUAGCGGGGAGACGAAACCAGAAACAGACGCUGCAGGAAAUGCGACGGAGGAGGGGGAAGGAGAACUGGUAGGCGCGGCUAAAGGGGAAUCUGAGAAAAAGUCACCCGCGGCGGCGCCCACAGAAGAAAAACCUACGUCGGCCUCUGGGGGUGACAACGCGAGCUCAAUGCAGGUGGAUCCAAGCGUGCGAGCGGGUCGCUCGGAAGAGCGCGCGCAGCAGGCAUCUUCAGACGACACAGGCGGCAAGGCAAGUUCUCCGCGUCGUGCUGCGCCCAGCAGCGAGGCACGCGAGGCUGACUCUGCAGGCAACGACCGCGAAGAACCUUUCUUGGCAAGCAGACUUGCGCCUUCUUCCUCCCCGCGCCGUCUCUCUAUCUCGCCUCCGCUGUCUCUCUCCGGCUUCUCGGCGUUCCCCUUCUCUUCGCCCUCUGCACACUCCCCCCCGAAGCGCCUCCCGGCGCCGUCGGCUGUCGUGCUGCCCCCUGUGGUCGCUCUGCCCUCCGCGCUGGGCGUCUCGGUCUCCCCCUCCGCUCUCGACCAGCUCCUCUCGCUGAUGGGCGUGCCGGAGAACUGUCUCCUGGAAAAUUUCCGCUACCGCGGACUCGCGAACGUCGUAGACCGCCGCAGUUCGCUUUCGACGUGCCUCGCAGCCUGCCGAGCUGCGGCGGCCGCGUCGCGCUCCCCCGCGCUGGCGCGGGAGGCAGGUGCGGCGGCGGGCUCCCCGGCGUCCUUUCCGCCCGCGCAGUCUGCGCCUUCGUGCGGAUUCUUUUCCUACCUCCCGGAAGUCGAGCUUUGCUACCGCUACGCCACGGUGGAGGGACUCCUUCCCGCCGCGGGCUACGUGUCGGCUCCAACUUCUUGCUCCGUCGUGGAACGCGCACUGCCUGGGCGGGAGACCGCGAGGAGAGCCGACGAUGCCUUUGUCGUCUCGGGGUUCCAGGCGCAGCGGCAGCGGGAGGGGGAAGAAGGCGAGGGCCUGCUAGCGCAGGACGACGCGAGAGGGCGGCUCGCCGGAAGCCGCGACCAAAGAGCAGAGACGGGGCGAGACCGAAGACCCGCGGGAGAGAUAGGAAGCUUUGAGAGCCGCGCUGGCGAGCCAGCAACCAAUCAGCAUCCACAGGGACGGCGCGGGGACUUGGCAAUCGAAGAGGUAACAGGCAAACUCCAUCCGGCCGAGAGAGAAGAUGGAGAAAGACAGACGACGGGGACGACCGCAGCCCGCGACAAUCCACAGCCGUUGCCGGCAGCAGAGGCACGCAUCCCCACAGCGGCUUCGCCGAGCACAGCUUCCAGUUCCCCGGCGUCGGGCUUGCCUCCGUUUUUUUCUUCUGCCUCUUUUCUCGCCGCCUCAGCCGUAUCUGAGGGAAGGCCUCAUGAGGAGCGAGGUAAGACAAGCGAGGCGGAGCUCGCUGAGGGGCGAACUCUCCCUCAAGCAAGUCCCAGAAUUGACGCAGGGGAGUCCACCGGCGACGCGAAGGGCCUGGCUGAGAUGUCUGUUGCCGCGAUGCCCGGUUCUCGCUCUUCCGGGAAAGCAAGCGAGGGACAAGAAGUGAAUGUGGAAGUGCUCACGCCUUCUCCGAGCUCUCAGACGCACUUUUUCUCUCCUUCAUUGGCGAAGCACGAGGCAGACGCCGGCGUGAAAGACGUCUCUGUUCCAGAGACUGCGCCGCCGCAAGCCUCCGAGGGCACGAGAACCGCAGCGCCUUCCCCCAUGCGCCAGCCCGCGCCGCCCAGCGCCCUGGCGACCGCAACCGCAAUCCAGGCGCCUCCAACUUUUGUUUCAGAUUCUUUGUCGACUGCGGAUUCUCCUCCCACGUCGUCGGUUCCGCCGCAUUUCUCGUCGUUCCUGGCGCCUUCGCCAGCUGAGCGCCCGCCGAACGUGCCGGCUUUCUCAGCGCCCCCCGAGGUGCCUUCCCACUCAGCGGCGCCCUCGCGAUCAUAUCCGCAAAUGCCCUCGCCCUCUUCGGCUUCGCUUGCGCCUGCGGCCGGGGGGCAGUUGCAGCGUCAGCAGGUCGCGCCCUCCUUCUCCUCCCCCCCUGCGAAUGCGCCGCCCGGAGUCGCAGCCCCUGCCCCCGCGCCCUGGGUCUAUCUGCCGCCUCCGAGUGUCCCCGGGGCCUCGGGGGGGCUGUCUCCACCGCCUGCGGCUCCGCUCCCCCCGAGCCCCGUGCUGGUGGGCGCCGCAGUCCCGGCCGCCUACGCGCCCUCGUUCGCGACGCCCGCCGGGAGCUUCCUGCCGCCGGCGGCCUCGCCCGCUGCCGCGCCCGCGUACUCUGGCUUCGCAGCCCCUCAGCCGCUGAGCGCGCUCUCGGCGCUGGCGCCCCUGCCGACGAUCGCCACGCCUGCAGCGUCGACGGCCGGCUCGCUGCUGCAGACGACGCAGGGGCUGAUGCAGGCGGGAAACGCGCUGAUGCAGGCAUUUCCGCUGCAGCAGCUCCUCGACGCAGGGCAGCAGCUGUACGCCUCUGGCUUCUUCCGGAACCGCGGCAUGAAGCACCUGCAGCUUCCGGGGCUGGGCCCGCAGAAGCAGGAGCUGCCGCCGCCGCCUGGCAUGGAGAAGCCGACCGUGAACUGCGCCUCCGAAGGCAUGACCUGCUGCGUUCCCGAGAACGCAGCGGAAAAAUGGAAAGAGCGGCCGCCUUUUUUGAACAAUCACGAGAAGCAGAAGAAAUGUCGGGCGCACUUUGUCUCGAUGCUGAACUCGCUCUGCGCGACCACGAGCUACUCGCUCAAAGGCGAUGCGAUUCGAGACAAGUACGCGGCGGGUGCUUCUUUCGAAGACGAAGACGACAACUGCGGCCUCGUCCUCACGGAAACCAGGGACUUUUGGAUCUUCCACCAUACGCUCGUCAUACCGGGAAAGAACAUGAACAACGCGAUCUGCGAGUGCAAAGAACCCAAGGCGGCCAACGAGGAGGGCCUGCGCCAAAUCGAGGGAUUUGCAACCUGGGAAUUCUCGCUCCAGGCUGUGCACGCGAUGGAGGAGCAAGCAGCGCGCGGCGAGCAGAUCGCGAAGGGCUUGGGUACUGCGCUCGCGUUGACGACAAUGCUUGGGCAGCAAGGCGAAGAAGCUAUAGGCCACGUUUUAGAGCAUGCAAGUAGCCGCGGCGCCCGCAAGUAG